UUUUAUCUUAUUUUUUAAAAUUUUAGUUUUGGUUCCAAUCGUACUGAGGAAGAAGUUACCUUUACCUUUUCAUUUUAUUUCAAGCUAGAAAAAUUCUCAGAAAGCUUAUCCUUUAUUCAUUUUCUUAGUUUAAUUGUUUUAAUCUACAAUCCAUCGUCUGAUUCCGGCAACCUGCUUUCCACCCAAAUCUUCCCCACUUGCAGUCAAUAUACCGGAAAAGGUUGCCACCGUCGAGCGCACAAUGUGUUUGAUAUAAUGUCUCAACGACAAAGUACACUUCCUUUUUGAAGUUUUUACAUUUCCUGCUACACUUUGAGAUUCGGGAUAAAGCCAACCAUCUUGCUCUAUGAUCUUUAUGAUGGGUUCAAGGAAAUCCUCAAAAUUCAAAAGUUUCGCAGACUUGUUUCCUACACUGGGUUCUUCUACUUCACUGCUUUUAUAAGAACUAGAGCUGGGUAUUCGAGAGCUGACCAAUUCUAUGCAUAAUGCAUCUUAUCCGGCUGGAACUGAGCUUUUAACGGACACAGCUAAGAAAAGGGGAAAUGAGUUCUUCCAGGAAGUUUUUUACUGUGUUUCUGUUUUCUACAUACCUGCUUAUCCUCUCUGCUGCCCAGCCGGAUCCCAAGAGUUGCUUGACCAACGAAGAUGGCUGUUGGGUUAGGUGCCUUGGAUUUCAUGAUAACAGUAACAGCACAUACCAAACAAACCUCAAUCGUCUCUUCUCCUCCUUCACCUCUAACCCAGGAAACAAUUAUGGGUUCUACAAUGCUUCUUUUGGCCAAACCCCUGACCAAGUUAACGCAGUUGCACUUUGUAGAGGUGAUUUAAUUUCAAACCCGGGUGUUUGUCUCAGCUGUUUCAAUAAUGCUACCACUGAGCUCAGAAAAAGUUGUCCUGACGCGAAGGAAGCAAUUGUAUGGAAUGAGAAUUGUAUGUUUCAUUAUGCAAAUCGCUCCAUCUUUGGUGUUUUGGACAGUAACUCCUUUUACUCUUGGGAUGGGAAUAAAGUCACAAAUGUCAGUGCUUUCAAUGGUGUCCUGAGUCCUCUGUUGGAAAGCCUGAGAAUCAAGGCGGCGGCUGGUGAUUCUCUUUUGAAGUUUGCAACGGGCACAGCGGCUGUUUCAGCUUUACAGAUCAUUUAUGCACUUGUCCAGUGCACUCCAGAUUUGUCCCAGCCUCAAUGCAACGCAUGCUUGUCUGAUGCUAUUGGACAAAUUUCAGAUUGCUGUGACGGUUGGCAAGGAGUUAGAAUAUUUGGGCCAAGUUGCAAUCUUAGGUUUGAGAUUUACCCUUUCUACAAUGUUACUGCUGAUGGACCAGCACCAGCACCACCUCUGUCUCCUCCGGCCUCAAAUGAUACCCCAAGUACAUCACCAGGAGAAAGUGAGAAUUCACCUCGGAUUAUCAUAAUCAUAGUCGUCUCAGUUGUUGGUUUUCUGAUUCUUAUCAUUUGCAGCUGCAUCUGCUUCUUUUUCUGGUUGACGAAAUCAAAGAAGAGAAGGCAUCGGCUGAAUGAAAUUGAAGUGGAAGCGCUGAUUAGCUUAAUAACUCUUCUGGUGUAUUGACUUUAAAAGCUCGAGCUUGAAUUUAUGAGUAGUAGUGUUUUCCUUUUCCAUCUCAGUUUGGGCUAACAUACAUUCCAUUUUUUUUCUCCUAUGAAGAUGAAGAUGAAGAUGAAGAUGACAAUGCUGAAGCUUUACAAUUUGAUUUCAAUACAAUAAGAAUUGC